AUGAAUAUUGGUUCACGAACUGGCGAACCGUUGAUUGUGGAUAUUACUGAUAAAGAACUGAUAGCGUAUUGCCGUGACAACUUUCUGUUCUUUCAAGAGUACGACGGCAGUGCAAGCUCGCUACCCAAAGUCAAAUUCACCUCACAACCACUUCAGAUUGGUUCGUUUUUCUACUAA